UACUUCAUCUUCCCAUCGAAAACGUUUGGGUGUUACUUCCGAACUGAACUUCGUUUUCACGUACAACUUUGCGUAUGUUUUUAUCAUAAAUUAUUCUCAAUCACCUCAAUACAAAACCAUUUGUAAUAGGACCGAGCAGGUUACACACUAAUACAAGAUGUCGGAGCGAAAAGUACUAAACAAAUACUACCCGCCGGAUUUUGAUCCGGAUAAAGUACCUAAGCUACGCAUGCAGCGGGAGCGGCAGUAUACCGUACGCACCAUGGCACCCUUCAACAUGAGGUGUAAGACUUGCGGGGACUACAUCUACCAGGGGAAGAAGUUCAACGCCAAGACGGAGACUGUCCAAGACGAGACAUAUCUCGGCCUGCGUAUCUAUCGCUUCUACAUCAAGUGUCCCAAGUGCAUAUCUGAAAUUAGCUUCAAAACCGAUCCAGAAAAUGAAGACUACACCUUAGAGCACGGUGCCACCCGGCUGUUUGAGGCGGCCAAGAUGCUGCGGAAGGCGACAGAGCAAGAGAAGCGAGAGAGAGAGGAAGAGGAAGCCAACAAUCCCAUGAAGGUCCUGGAGAACCGCACCAAGGAUUCCAAGCUGGAGAUGGAGAUCAUCGAGAACCUGGAGGAACUCCGAGAGCUGAAUGCCAGGAAAGUGGACGUGGACUAUGCCGAGAUCCUGCGUAGGAAGGCUGAAGCAGAGGAAGAGAUGCUGAGAAAGCAGGAGGAAGAGGAUGAGGCUUACAUCGCUCAGUUGUUUGGAAAGCAAGACGGAGGCUUGAUCAAGAGGUUAGAAGAUGACCCGGAUGAAGACGAGGGAGCACCAUCGUGGCUGCCUUCAUCCCAGAAAAACACCUCCAUCAAAAGACCGUCAGACGUCUUGACCAGUGACAAUGAUCCUCCAACAAAGAAAUCCAGACCAGAGCAGACAGGGUCAAAGUUCAGCUCCAAAUCAGCCCUCGCUGCAUUGGUCAAGGUGAAGAGCCUGCAGCCAGCAAAAACAAAUCCAGGUUCAAAGGAUGCCUCCUCAACGGACUCUACUCCUACACAAGCUGACAAUAUUCGUAUACGACCUCUCACGAGCGAAGCUGGAAACGGGGAAGUCUCAGUAAAAAAAGUUGCCGAACCAGUGAUUGAGCCUGCAACCUCACGCCAGUCAUCAGCAAUAGAUGUGACUCAGAGCUCCAGUCACCAUGAUGACCAUUGCCCGGGCAACAGUCACCGUGACGACAACAUCCCUGAAGUGGACAGCGACCAGAUCUCAAGGAGCAUUCAAGAGGGUCUCGGCAAGAGGCUUGUUAACACUGACGGUGGACGAGAUGCCAGACCCAAAGCCAAGUCGGUUGGACUGAGCCUCCUGGGUGGUUAUGCUGUGAGCGACGAUAGCGAUGACAGUGAUGUGUCCAGUGGAUAGAAGUGUCCGGUGUUCACACAAAAAAUUUUGCCCUAAAAAACAUGACACUUUCUACCCUACUUAAGUAGGAUAAUCAACCAAAGCCCGUCUCCUGGACCCAACAGCGUAUUUCACAUAUUUGGAUUAUGAGCAUGUGUAAAUCCCUUUCACUCCGGGAAUCCAUUGUCACUGACUUUCUCUGCUUACACUGUCAUUGUAGUUUCCGUUUGAGGGUAGCACAGCAACAAAUUGACCUAUUUAAGUGACACCAGAGAACCGAUAUCUUUUGAAACCUUUCUCUCCCACUGUCCAAGAAAUUACCAUCAAUAAUUUUUACAUGUUACAGUGCCCAGUGCACCUUAAAUCAUUUGUAUGAAAUUGGCGCGUGAUGUUAUUAUCACUUGGUCCAAUGAGUUGCAACCAAUGCCUGACACUGGUGGUUGGGUGCUUGGGUACCCGGUUUCAAUGCGUGCCCGUACAUUAUAAGCAGUGCGUGCUGCUCGUAAGCUAUUGUCAUUAGUUUGGACGAGCAAAGAGAGAAAACAGACAGGUCACACCUGAUCAGUUUUUCCUGGGUAGUUUUAUUUCACAGAAUAAUACAAAAGCAGGGUUGAUAUGAAGAAUGCUAA